AUACUUUUAAAUCUGUUUCAACAGCUCUAAUGCUAUAAACGUAAAGCGCCUCCUUUUGUCGUAACACUACUGUGAAGACAUCUAAACAACAGAGAUAACUGCGCGGAUUGAAAGUCGGAUUUAUUUGGCACGGACGUUUCCUGCAUCAAUGGCUGCGUCUUCUUCAUCCUCCUCGGCGGGAGGUGUUAGCGGCAGCUCGGUGACAGGCUCUGGAUUCAGUGCUUCAGAGCUCAUUCCUCCAAGGAAAGUCCUGUACACAUAUCCUAAAGGUGCUGGUGAAAUGAUGGAAGAUGGCUCAGACAGAUUUUUAUGCGAGUCUGUAUUCAGCUACCAAGUUGCCUCUACACUCAAACAGGUUAAACACGAUCAACAAGUGUCCCGGAUGGAGAAACUUGCAAGCUUAGUGGAAGAGCUGGAAGCAGACGAGUGGCGGUAUAAACCGAUUGAACAGCUCUUAGGUUUUACACCAUCCUGAAUGCAGAGAUCCAUGUGCCUUUGGUUGAUAAACCAUCCCCUUCUAUUUGGCUUGUUUAUUUGUUUUCAUAGAUAUGUUCCUUUGUGGUUUUAUUCUAUAUCUUAUUUGUGAAAUAUUAUCCAGAGAUACUGAAUGUGAGAUCUCUUAACUUUUAUGAGCAUGGUUUUCAUUUUAAAAACAAACAGCUUUGAGUUAUAUAAUAAGAAAUAAACACUUCAAAGUUUUUUCACAAGUUCUUGUGAAUGUUUUCAUAUGGCUUAGACUUGCAAAGUUGUUUUUACAGUCAAAUCUGCUCUCAGUCUCAUGGCUAAGGAGAGAAAACAUCUUUGGUAAAGUAAUAAAUCCCUUCAAGUGAGGCAUUGUGUUUCCACAUGGCUGCUUUGUAACUCUGAAAACCUGCUGCCUGCUCAGUCUCUCCUCUCUCUGUGAGUCCUCAUCGCUGCUCGCUCCAGCAUCACAAAGGGAGCUUGUAAAUAAAAAAAAAUAAAGUCAUACUCGGA